AUGAUUUACAACUUCAAAUAUUCGCCAUACUGUUCCUCAGCGGCCUCCGGGUCACUGCAAAAUAUAAAAUUUACAUUUAACAAGACGCACGACUCGCACCACAAGAAGUCGCUGAAGAAUGACAAGCCUUGCCGGCCGUACAUGUGUGGGACGAGCUCCCGCUACUCCAACUGCCUCGAUCAGUACCACAAGGCCUCUGCCAAGGUAUCAUCAGCCACGGAGCUGAUCUGCCCGCUCUGCCGUGGCCAGGUGAUGGGGUGGACGGUGGUGGAGCCCGCACGGGAGCACCUGAAUGCCAAGCGGCGGGGCUGCAUUCAGGACGCGAAGUCCCCGUCUCAGGAGCGGUGGUGGAGGCGGUUCGAGUGGGAGAGGGAGCGGGAGGAUGUGAUGAGCACCAUCUGUUCGUCCACCCUUGGGGCUGUUUUUUUCGGGGACUACGUGAUCGAGGGGGGAAAUGAUUGGAUGAGCAAGUUUUUGGGAAGGAUAGGGGUGCUGCAGGGAUUGACCGGAAUCUGA